AUGGUAAGCUCCAGAUUGCUCUUCCUGUCCGGCGGGUUAGCAAGUGCGGCUGUUCUAGAUCCGAGACAGGCGACCACUGCCUCUGGCGAGACCACAGCUUCUGCUACUGAGCCAUGGUACUACCAAACCACUCCUGAACUCUUCGCCGGUCCUACAACGACCGGACUGAUUGCGCCUUUUCUUGCUCAGACGAACCCUGCCCCUUGGGGUGCAGAGGCAUCAUUUGUUCCCAAUGCGCCUCUAGAGACCAAUCUCCCCAUCCAGGGGAACACCAACAAUCAGAGUAUCUUCCAGCUACAUGGACAGUUAAGCUCAUACUUUCCCAACCCUAUUGGGUUCGGCUCGAACGAGUAUCCCUUACCUCCGGGAGCAAACAUCUCGACCGUCCAUCUCUUGCACCGGCACGGAGCUCGUUACCCGACUGGAACAUCGUCAGUUGCGAGCUUCGGAAGCAAGAUUCAGAACAUCACAGCUAACGGAACGGCGAAGUGGACAGGGGAUCUCGGCUUCUUGAACAACUGGAAGUACAACCUUGGCGCCGAGAUCCUGGUCGCCCGCGGUCGACAGGAGCUGUUCGAUUCCGGCGUCUUAUUCUAUUACAACUAUGGCGCACUUUACAACACUUCCACCAAGAUUAUUGCCAGAACGACUACCCAAGACCGGAUGCUGAAGUCGGCUGAGUACUUCAUGGCGGGUUUCUUCGGCCUCGAAUGGACUCAAAAUGCCAGCCUGGUGCCCAUCAUUGAGCAGAACAAUUUCAACAUCACACUUGCGGGCUAUAUGAACUGCAACAACAGCAACAACUACCUCUCUACGGGUGGCAACAACGCAUCUGUCAUCUGGGAAAACAUCUACCUGGCUGACGCCACAAAGAGACUUAAGGCUCUAGCUGGUGGCUACAAUUGGACAGUGGCGGAUAGUUAUAACGCGCAAACUCUGUGUCCAUACGAGCACGUCGCGUUUGGGUAUUCUCAAUGGUGUGACCUCUUCACAUACGAAGAAUGGCAAGGCUUCGAGUACAGCAUCGACCUGCAAUUCAACGGCAACAACGGGUUCGGUUCCCCGACCGGACGGGCUGUCGGGAUUGGCUAUGUUGAAGAGUUGUACGCACGCCUGCAAGGCCAUCUGCCUGACGUGCCACCCGGGACGACCCAAAUCAACACGACAAUGGUAGCAAGUACUGCGACUUUCCCAUUGAAUCAGACACUUUACUUCGACUUCUCUCAUGAUACGAACAUAUUCUCGAUCAUCACGGCAUUCGGGCUGAAGCAGUUUGGUCAGCCACUGGGCCCGACCGGUCCGCCUGCGAACCGGCAAUUGAUUGUCUGGGAGAUAAUCCACACUCCUCAACCGCUCAAGGCGAUCCGCCCAACCAGCCCCAACGCAACCGCUUCGGACUUUUACGCCAACGGCACCGCAACAACCUAUAUCCACCUCUCCAUCUCUCAACGUACUGUCCCACUCUAUAAAUCCUAUCCACAAUGCGAAGAACGAGACGAUGGCUGGUGCGAGCUUUCCACAGUCCUUGAGAUCUGGAGUGGCCUGCUCGACCAGGCAGAGUACGAUUACAGCUGCAACGGAAAGUAUCCUGCUGCUGCACCUGGCAACAUCACAAACGGGGUGCCGAUCUCCAAGAGGGAUCUCGGCAGACGGUUUGGCUCUGGCCUGGAGUUUUACGAAAGCAGUGAUCGCUGGGUUUUGUAG